ACAAUAUCGAGGAAUCGUUCCCCAUUAUCCUUACAGAACAGCAAAUCAUAAAUAAAACGAAGUACAAGUGAAGAACACAACACCAACAGAAACCAUGAGACUCUUGCAAGUGCAAACACAAGCUUCACUAGAUUCCCAUAAUUCUUCUGUUCGGUAACUGGAGAAUUCACUUUCUUUGUCUCUUUGAUUUGACAAAAAGAAAAUAGAAAACGAUGGAUACUUCAAGGUACAUGGAUAAGCAAAUCACCCAACUUUCCAAAUCCCAGCCCUUCAAUUUCUUGGACGAUGAUGAUGAACAAGAAGAAGAGGAAGAAAAUGGAGAUCAUGGCUUCGAAUUCAGCACUUUUCGCUCUCUUUCAAAAUCCCACAACAAAGUUCUUGAUGGAACCAACCUCAGGGGUUGGAGCUCAAUGGAUUGCAUUGAUUCUGCAAAAUUCUCCACUGAGAAAGUUGGGAUUUUCAGCAAUGCAGCAUUGAUUUUUGAGAUUGAUGUAAAGAUGAAGGAGCAUGCUGACAUAUUGCUACACUCUGUGGAGUGUCUCAGCACUCGAGUGUCUCAAUUGGAAAGUAGAACACGCCGAAUAGAAAAUGUUGUUGAUGAUUUAAAGGAAUCAAUGGAUUUUAAUCAAGGGAAAACUGAUGGAAAGCUAAGGGAAAUAAAGAAUAUUCUUGUGGAGGUUCAGGGUGGUGUCCAAGAUUUGAGAGAUAAACAAGACAUAGCAGAGGCUCAGCUGCGGCUGGCAAAGCUUCAAAUGUCCAAAAAUAACCAGCAAGUGGAAAAACUAAAUGCUACUGUUAAAGCAGGUUUGAGUCAAGAAGCACUGUCAUCAGUCUCUCAGCAAUCCCACCAGCUGCUUCCCAUUCCAGGUGCUUCUCCACAACUUCUUGCUCCCUCUUCUAGUGUUACAAACCUACCUCCUCAGAUUCAUCCUCCAGCAACAUCUGUAGCAACAGCAUCACAGCUUUCCACCCACCUGCUCCAGAACCAGACUGCUAUCUCCUCUGUUCCACAGCAAGAACCUCACAAUCCAGCGCUAGUUCCUACUCCAGAAAGAACAUAUCAGCAAUACCAGGUUCCUCUAGCUCAGCAGUCGCAAUUAAUACCCUAUAAUCACCAACCUUAUCAACCAAUGCCUCAUGUUCCCCAAAACUUGCAGUUACCCCAACUGCCUCAAGUGCACCCAGCUUCCACCAUGGUUAAUCCUCAAGUCCCAAGCCAUCAUUCUGAAGAAGUUCCUUACACACCUUCUCAUAGCAUCUUUCAGCCACCUGGCAGGUCUCCACCUCUCCAACAGUAUAAUGCGGGUUCUACUCAGCAGAUCUAUCCUCAACUUUCAAACAGGAAUUAUGUAGAGUCUAAUUAUGCAAAUUUGCUACCACAAGGACUGCCACUACACGGGAAAACAAAUAUUGCGGACUCCUAUUGUUACGGUGCUUCUCCAAGAAACUAUGGCAAUUCAUCUAUAAAACCAUCGCAGCCCUUUCCAUCUCCUACAGUCCUGGGCGGUGAAAGCAAUUACACACAAUUGCCCACUGCCCGUAUACUACCACGUGCUAUCCCAACUGCCUCUAAUGUGGAUGCUGGAUCAGGAUCAGGUUCUGGUGGGAGUGGAAACAGGCGACCAGUUGAUGAUGUUAUUGACAAUGUUGCUGCAAUGGGAUUUCAUAGAGACUUGGUGAGAGAAACAGUGAUCAAAUUGAUGGAGAAUGGGCAGUCAGUUGACUUGAAUGCAGUGCUGGAUAAACUGAUGAACAAUGGGUAACCUGGCCCCAAUAUGGUGGGUUCAUACAUUGAAGUUAUAUGUUGUUUUCAGAUGAUUGGUUUGAUUUAUAUGUUAUAGCGUAAUGCCCUAGCCGUUUGUGUAUAUGCUUCCUUGAGUGAUGGGUUUUUACACAAUUUCAUAUUUUCGUAUAACUUGCUAUGUAAAUUAAUGAUGUAAUUUGUAAAUGGCUUUGACACCUGGUUCUGUUUUUUGCAAAUGGAAAAGGUGACUUAAGUUGCUUUGUAAA